CCAACGGCCGCUAACGGCCGCCUUCUGUGAGGGGGUGGCCGCGCCCCGGGUUCUUGAGGGAUAGCACUUGACAACUUACUGGAUACGGCUUCUUACCAAAAUCGAAGGCAGGGUGGGUGCAGGAGUGUUAACCCCAUGGUGUUGCCUGCUUGGAGCUGAAGUUUAUUGUGACUUGCAGUUUUGCUCUGUCUGCUGUGCUUCACAGGAGAGACUUUCAUGGAUCUCAACAGUGCAAGCAGUAUUGUUUUGCAAGUCUUGACGCAAGCUACUAGUCAAGAUACUGCAGUACUGAAACCAGCUGAGGAACAACUGAAGCAGUGGGAGACGCAGCCAGGUUUUUAUUCAGUCUUGUUGAACAUCUUCACAAAUCAUACCCUGGAUGUGAAUGUCAGAUGGUUAGCUGUGCUGUACUUCAAAAAUGGAAUUGAUCGCUAUUGGAGACGAGUUGCACCACAUGCUCUUUCUGAAGAAGAAAAAACUACAUUGCGUGCUGGACUUAUUGCCAACUUUAAUGAGCCAGUGAACCAGAUAGCAACUCAGAUCUCUGUGCUAAUAGCUAAAGUUGCCAGGGUGGACUGCCCAAGGCAGUGGCCAGAACUGAUACCCACUCUUCUAGAAUCUGUGAAAGUCCAAGAUGAUCUUCGACAACACAGAGCAUUACUUACCUUUUAUCAUGUUACAAAGACCCUGGCAUCAAAACGGCUCGCUGCAGAUAGGAAGCUUUUCUAUGAUCUGGCAUCUGGUAUUUAUAGCUUUGCGUGUUCCUUGUGGAAUCAUCAUACAGAUACGUUCCUACAACAAGCUUGUAGAGGGGAUGAAGCUGCUGCUACAAAUUCCUUAGAAAGAACCUUGUUAUCAUUGAAAGUGCUUCGUAAACUAACAGUCCAUGGAUUUGUAGAACCUCAUCGAAGUGCAGAGGUGAUGGGUUUUCUACAUGCAGUGUUUGAACGGCUAAAACAGUUUCUGGAGUGUAGUAGAAGUAUAAGAGCAGAAAACGUAUGCAGAGAUCGUCUAGAAAAGACUAUAAUUCUGUUCACUAAAGUGCUUUUGGACUUCCUGGAUCAACAUCCUUUUUCAUUUACGUCUUUAAUUCAGAGAUCAUUGGAGUUCGCUGUAAGCUAUGUUUUCACAGAGGCUGGUGAAGGAGUUGUAUUUGAGCGCUUUAUUGUACAGUGCAUGAACCUCAUCAAGAUGAUUGUAAAAAAUUAUGCUUAUAAGCCAUCAAAAUAUAUUGAAGAUAGCAGUCCUGAAACUCUUGAAGCACAUAAAAUAAAGACGGCAUUUUUCACAUAUCCAACACUAAUGGAAAUAUGUAGGAGAUUAGUCACUCACUAUUUUCUGCUGACAGAGGAAGAAUUAACAAUGUGGGAAGAGGACCCAGAAGGCUUCACUGUAGAAGAGACAGGAGGAGAUUCUUGGAAGUACAGUCUCAGACCGUGUACAGAAGUUCUUUUUAUUGAUAUUUUCCAUGAAUACAAUCAGACUCUUACACCUGUGCUUUUAGAAAUGGUUCACAGUCUGCAAGGAACUACCAACAUGGAAGAUACCAGUGCUAUACUGAUUAAAGAUGCUGUGUAUAAUGCAGUUGGACUGGCUGCUUAUGAGCUAUUUGAUAGUGUGGAUUUUGAUCAGUGGUUUAAAAACCAACUACUAGCAGAACUGCAGGUUUCUCAUAACAGGUAUAAACCAAUACGUCGACGAGUAAUCUGGCUGAUUGGACAGUGGAUUUCAGUUAAAUUCAAAUCAGACUUGAGGCCUAUGUUAUAUGAGGCAAUUCGUAACUUGCUUCAAGACCAAGACCUAGUGGUUCGUAUUGAAACUGCUACAACACUGAAGUUAACUGUUGAUGACUUUGAAUUCAGAACUGAUCAGUUCUUACCGUAUUUGGAAUCCAUGUUUACACUGCUCUUUCAGCUGCUUCAGGAAGUAACAGAAUGUGACACAAAAAUGCAUGUUCUUCAUGUUCUGUCAUGUGUGAAUGAAAGAGUCAAUGUACAGAUACGACCAUAUGUAGGAUGUUUGGUUCAGUAUUUACCACUCCUUUGGAAACAGAGCGAAGAGCACAAUAUGCUACGAUGUGCCAUUCUAACCACCCUAAUCCAUCUUGUUCAGGGCCUGGGAGCAGACAGCAAAAAUCUCUAUCCUUUUCUACUUCCGGUUAUUCAGCUAAGUACAGAUGUUUCCCAGCCUCCACAUGUCUAUCUUCUGGAAGACGGUUUGGAGUUGUGGUUAGUGACGUUGGAGAAUAGUCCUUGUCUUACACCUGAACUCCUGAGAAUAUUUCAGAACAUGUCCGCCCUUCUUGAGCUGAGUUCAGAAAACCUCAAAAAUUGCUUUAAGAUCAUCAAUGCUUAUAUUUUCUUAUCAUCGACUGAAUUUUUGCAGAUGUAUGCUGUUGACUUGUGUCGAUCAUUUUGUGAACUCUUAAAGGACAUCACUACUGAAGGUCAAGUUCAAGCUUUAAAGGUUGUGGAAAAUGUCCUGAAAGUAAAUCCUGUUUUGGGUCCUCAAAUGUUUCAGCCUCUUCUGCCAUCAGUAUUCAAGGGGAUUAUAGAUGGGGAGAGAUACCCAAUGUUGAUGUCUACUUAUCUGGGUGUCAUGGGUAGAGUUCUACUACAAAAUACAAGUUUUUUUUCAUUACUUUUGAACCAGAUGGCAUGUGAAUUGGGUCAGGAGUUGGACCAAAUUCUUGGUAACAUGAUUGAAAUGUGGGUUGAUCGCAUGGAUAACAUCACUCAGCCAGAGAGAAGAAAACUGUCUGCUUUGGCAUUGCUUUCACUUCUACCAUCAUUGAACGGUGUUAUCCAAGAUAAAUUUUGUGGUAUCAUCCACGUCACAUUGGAAGGGCUGUAUGACGUUAUGACUGAAGAUGCUGAAACAGGAACGUACAAAGACUGCAUGUUGAUGUCUCAUUUUGAGGAGCCCAAAGUUACAGAAGAUGAGGAACCUCCCACAGAACAAGACAAAAGGAAAAAAAUGCUUGCACUGAAGGACCCCGUACACACUGUGUCAUUGCAGCAAUUCGUCUAUGAGAAGCUAAAGGCACAGCAGGAAUUGCUGGGAGAACAAGGUUUCCAUGCACUUAUGGAAACUGUGGAUACAGAAGUAGUUGCACAGCUACAAGAAUUUUUACAAGGCUUCUAAAUAAGCGAAAACAAGAUUUUAUAUGUCCAUUUUUCCUUUCAAAAGAUACAAAAGAAAAAAACUCUAACCUUCCCUCUGGAAUGGAAGAGCCUACUGAAAGCUGAAAAUAAUGUGUUCACAAAGAAAAAGCAGAUUUCUUUUUUUCUCACUGUACGGCUGAAAGAAUAAAUGUAAAUUGGGUGUGGCUAGAGUUUACAAAGUGUUUCAUGACUGUGUGUGAUUUUUCUAUGCAUGAAGAAUGAUGGAUUGUAUAAGGAAAUUUUUAUUUUUUUUUUGUUUGCUGUUAAUUGUAACAGGAAGUGUUUUUGAUUCCACACUGAGGAGCAGAAUCUGAUUUAGGAGCUGCUUUUAUGCAGUGGUAAUACCUUGAUUUCUCAGUCUUACUUCUUAAUUGCCUGUGACAGCAUUUUUCUGCAGCUGUAAGGAACUGUUUCAACAGGAAACAGUUUUUGAUUGAAGUUUGUUAAACAUUAUAUGCACACAUAAACCUAUAUAUGCCUGAGAUUCCAGGCUGAAGAAGUUGAAUACUUCUUUUCCUUGCAAAAGAAAAUCCUGCUAUAUGUGAAUUCUCUCACAAGCUGAUAGGGUUCACAUGUACUGUUGCUGUUUUAAGUUACCAGUCUUAGUAGAAGUGGGUCCUAUGAUAUAUUCAGGAUUGAAUAGCAUCCUCUUUGUAAGAUUAAGGACAUCCAAAAUCUAUUGUGUACAUUUGAUUUUUAGAGCAGACCCUUUAGGAUGUAGCGAGGUUAUUAAACUUAGAGAAAUUGUAGAGAAAUCUUGAGGGUAGUUGGUGAUUCAAAGGCAGCGUUUUUCCCCUUCGUCAUUACUGCUUAUUCCUCAACAGAAUAAAGUGCUGAAGGGAGGAGGGAAGAGGAGAAACUUAUUUUUGUCUAGUUGGCCUAUGGUGACAGACUUCUUAGGUAUAAUGUCAAAACGGACAGUAUAAUUUCUCUGUACGUGGCUGUGCACAGCAUGUAACUGGGGAUUCCUUUGUUCCUUAUGAGUUAUAAAAGAGUGCUGCAAUUUAUGGUGUUUCCAGAGAGGAAAACAGAAAAAUGUCAAUUAAAUUUCAGGAUGAUGCCUCAAAACAUAUUAUGUGCUGUUACAAGUCAUGCUGUUUUCUUUACCGUUACUGACUUUGUUUCACAAAGCUAUGUCUGAGAAGUAUGAAGGAACUUGAUAAUAUAUGUCAUGAGGCAUCCAGCAGUGUGGUUCAGUAUCAGUAGUUGCUUGUUUUGUUAUUGCGUACCUAUAAUUUUCUCUUUGUCCUGUUACCAUUUCUUGACUCCACAUUUAGCCAUACAAGCAGACCGGUAAAACUGUGAGUAGAAGCAUUCCUUCAGGAGUGAAAUGUGAUAACUUUAGUUUAAAUUGUCUUAAGGAAAAAGAAACUUAGAUUGUAACACUUAAACUGUAUUUGUCAAGGGGUUAGAGAAUGCCAAGGUAUAUCUGUC